UGGCUACCCCUCUCCCUCCCCCCUCCCCCUCACUCUCUCCCUCUCUCUCUCUCUCCACUUUUUCGUUCUUCCGCUAGACUGUCCGAAGUGUUUUUUCUUCAAUGGGUGCAUCAGCCGCCAUAGCCUUCACCUCCGUCAAGAUUCCGGUGAAAUUGGCCGCUUCCGGUGGCCCAAUCGCUCGCCAAAUCUCUCAUUUCCGCUCUCCCUCUCCGAUCUCGGCCGCCCUUAGAGCUUCUCCCUUCCUGCCAAUACCUGCUUUGCAAUUCCGCUCCUCCUCUUCCCCUCCUCCUUCAGGUGUUAGAGCUCAGGUUUCUGCAGUUGAACAAGAAGGUGCCAGCAUUACUCAGAAUGUUGAAGCGCCUGUUGUUAUUGUCACUGGAGCUUCUAGAGGAAUUGGCAGGGCAAUUGCAUUAACUUUAGGGAAAGCUGGUUGCAAGGUUCUAGUGAACUAUGCAAGAUCAUCCAAACAGGCCGAAGAAGUUUCCAAAGAGAUUGAGGCCUGUGGCGGUCAAGCUCUUACCUUUGGAGGGGAUGUUUCAAAGGAAGAUGAUGUAGAAUCAAUGAUAAAUACAGCAGUUAAUCAAUGGGGAACAGUUGACGUAUUAAUAAACAAUGCAGGAAUCACAAAGGAUGGACUGUUGAUGAGAAUGAAAAAAUCCCAAUGGCAGGAUGUUAUUGAUUUGAAUCUUACAGGAGUAUUUCUCUGCACACAGGCUGCAGCCAAAAUUAUGAUGAAAAAGAGAAAGGGAAGAAUAAUCAAUAUAGCAUCUGUCGUUGGUUUGGUUGGCAAUGCUGGCCAAGCCAAUUACAGUGCUGCAAAAGCUGGAGUCAUUGGCUUAACCAAGAGUGUCGCAAAGGAAUAUGCUAGCAGGAAUAUAAAUGUUAAUGCUGUGGCUCCAGGGUUUAUUGCGUCUGAUAUGACAGCCAAGGUUGGAGAAGACAUUGAAAAGAAAAUUUUAGGGACCAUCCCCUUGGGGCGAUAUGGGCAACCGGAAGAAGUUGCCGGCCUAGUUGAAUUCUUGGCUCUUAGCCCUGCGGCAGGUUACAUUACUGGACAGGUUUACACCAUCGAUGGAGGGAUGGUGAUGUAAGAACCCUUACAGAGCCCGCACUACCAGGUUCGUCCUUAACUGACAGUCCAAUUAGUAACCUCCGGAACAUCAGGACCAGGUUUUUUGUUACAGUUAACACCGUUAUCAGUAGUAUGGUACCCCAACAAGGAUUCACUUUUUUCUGCUAUUCACUUUUUUGUGCCUGCUUCUUCGGGAUGAACUUUUUACCUUCAGAAUCUGAGCUUGAUGCAGUUAUGUUUCCGACUUGAUCAUGAGUGCUAUAUUUCUGUUAUUUAGCCAAUGCUAAUGGCCACACACUUGUAUUGUUAUAUAGAAAAUGAAAGGGUGCUGAUGUGAAGUAGCUUAUCAA